AGAGAGAGAGAGAGAGAGAGAGAGAGAGAGAGAGAGAGAGAGAGAGAGAGAGAGAGAGAGAGAGAGAGUAAUGCUGAGCGAGACGCGAAGCAGCGGAGAAGCCUCCGCUGCGACUACGAUGGGAGACUCUUGUCUUCAGCGGUUCUCGGAUUCGGACGGAGGUGGUUCCGAUGAGGGGCAGAACGGCAACAUGAGCACGAGCAGUGGGUGCCACGUGUCCUCCCCAGUGCGCUGGACACCGCAGGAGGACAAGUUGUUUGAGCAGGCGCUCGCUGACGUGGACGAAAACGACGAAGCCAGGUGGGAGAAGGUAGCCGCGCGGCUGCCUGGAAAAUCCAUAGACGAUUUGGUUCGUCAUUACGAGUUGCUGGUGGAAGACAUUAUCAUGAUCGAUGAGGGUAGACUAGCUUUACCGGCGUACAAUGCCACGAGCUCGGUCUCCGGGGAGGCGGGCCUCGAUCCGGGAGGAUGUGGAGGAGGAGCAGGUGUGGUGGGGGGAGGAGGAGGGAGUUCAGACACCACUAUGGUGGUGCCCUCGAGUCCGGGUACAACGAGUAGCGGCGGCGGCGGCGGCGGCGGCGGCGGCGGCGGUGUAAAGAAACAGUCCAGCAAGUUGUCCUCUUUGGGCAAAUCCGCGGAGCAAGAGCGGAGAAAAGGGAUUCCUUGGACUGAAGAGGAACACAGGUUAUUCCUGUUGGGAUUGCAAAAGUUUGGAAAAGGAGACUGGAGAAGCAUCUCGCGCAAUUUUGUUAUAUCGAGAACACCUACGCAAGUUGCAAGCCACGCACAGAAGUAUUUUAUCAGGCUGAACUCCCAAAACAAGGAUAAGAGGCGGUCCAGCAUCCACGACAUCACCAGCGUAAGCAAUGGUGAUGCCAUGUCACAGUCGCAGGGCCCUAUUACAGGCCAGCCAGCCGUUGCCCCUCAACCCAUUGCCCAUCCACAUGUUCAUUCCCAUGCAUCGCCGCCGCCCAUUCAGCCGGGAUUGUAUAUGACUUCAGUUGGGCAGCCAAUGGGGCCGCUCCCCACUGUCAUGCCCAUCCGUCCGCCCCCUGGGCAUCAUCCAUCGCGGGCACAUUUGGCCAGGCCUGUUGGGAUGACUGGGACAGGAAUUCCAAUGCCCCACAUGGCUGCCUAUGUCCCUCAGCCUGCUAUGCAUCACUAGGAAAGUGUGACAUUAGGCCUGUUUGGUUCCUCUUAUAGCUUGAUAGAUAAUCGAGGGAAGGCUCCAGAAUCUGAAUGAAGAGGAGUGGGGGGGUGCAUGGGGCACAGGGGGCUGCGGGGGGGGCGGGAAGUUGAAGAAUUGCACAAACACGAAGGGAGAGAACAGUAGGGGCAGGGAUGAGGGAAGGAGUUGUUUUGCUUGCCCAUGGCUUUGCUCCUUUUUUUUUUUAUCGCCCUUCCCCUGUUGCUCUGUUCUUUUCGCAAUGACCUCUCCUCCUCGCAUUCUUUCCUUCACCGGGAAAAUGCGGGUUUCCUCCUGACAGGAAAGGAAUCUGCCAUCCUCACAAGAGAAUUUCCCUUUGCAUUUCGGAAGGGAUCUUGUGUGCAUCAUCCAACUGACGUAUGCUGUACAGGAGUGACUGACUGUCCAUGGACGCUUCAUUUCUGUUCUUCUGAAAGGGAACGAACGGAAAAGAUGGCGUGAGUAUGUUAUGUUAGUAGAGAAAGCUGAAACAUGUAGAAGAUCCGAUCUGAUCUGAUCUGAUGAAGUAGUCCUCGUCUCCAGCAAGUUCUUCCUUUGUUCCUCUCCUCCUUUUCCUUUUCGCUUUUCGUUCCCCGCAGGUCAUCCUGCUCUUGGUUUUAGCCGGGGGACACGGAGGUAAAAGACAUUGACACAUGCACGCUGCUGCUGUGGCUGCUCCUCCUCUCUACUCUCUCUCGGGGAAUGGUAGGGGCUUAGGAGGGGGGAGGGGGAGGCAGGGGAAAAGAGGUUGGACAAUACGACAAUGGGACGUGUUGACUGGCCCUCUCCCGCAAUACCGAUCAAGUUGCACCAAGUGCACCCUGCUGUGAUGGCAUUUCCCUAUGCACGCAGCUCAGCGGACCUCUCUUUGGUGUUGCUGGGGUGAUGGUGUUCGGAGAAAGAAGGGGGAAGGAGUGGGAAAGGGCCAAGCUAAUGACAGCAUGGUCCAGGAGCUCCGCCUACGUCUCUCACAGCUGUGCCAACCAGGUUGGAGGUCACUCACUCUGCCAUGAUAACCUCCACGUCUGCAUUCAGCUUGUGCACCCACCUACUCCCUCUGUACAGAUGGUCGGUCGCUACCUCCAUCCGCGCUAUGUUUGGCUGACAUGGCAAUGAUUGCAUGUGCAAUCAUGAGCCUGGUGCAACUAAUGACGUGGAGCGGAAAGCGGGGGGGGAUGCGCGGGCAUGGGUACGGGAAAGGAUUUACCCUGCCAACCAAAUGCACUCGUGUUAGUGAGCAUCAACUGGACUUUUCUAUUCAUGGAUGGAUAUUGGCCAGGUCCUUUUUGUUAGUACGCUGUACGUAAAUAGACUGUUUUCUUGCGCCCAAUGGCUCAAGGGGGAUAAUAAAUGGAAGCCUGUGUUGUGUUAUGUUGUGUUGUGUUAUGUUGUGUUGUGUUGUGUUGUGUUAUGUUAUGUUGCGUUGUGUUGUGUUGUGUUGUGUUGUGUUGUGUUGUGUUGUGUUGUGUUGUGUUGUGUUGUCGUUGUUGUUGUUGUGCGUUCUCUGCUGAUCAGCAUGAUCAUGAAAUGCACCCAAUCUAUAAUUUGUGAUGAUUGGGCAGUUGCAGAUCAGCAUGAUGCAAUGCACAUCUAUCAUCGACGAUGAUUGGGCAGCUGCAGUGUAUUGCAUUCGGUUCGGCUAUGUCCGGAAUCGAAGAUACUCUGCUCACUUGUCUGACUGAUGUCGUCGGACACGGAUUUAGUCAAUAUAUACGCAGGUAGUUUUGUCCUUUAGCCACUGUGCUGACGUUCACGAGGGCAACGCAAUCCAGAUGAUGUUUCAACCAGUUGUUUGUUGCCUGUGUGUUUUUGCUCAUCGACUACUUAGCCUCAUGGAUGGCAAGCUCUGGUCAUCAGGGUGCGACGGCGGCGGGAGUUUACCCAGGCCGCGCGCCAUUCAGUUCAGUCAAGGUGAUGAUCAUCUUGGCUGUUCAUCUGAUGCCUUAGCAUCUUGCCACAUCACAUCCGGGUCCCGAAAAAAUUGCUCGACACACAGUUCAGUCCAACCCUGCGCAGGGUGCACCAAAUCCAGGAUCUAGCUAUAGCUAGAUCAUUAGGUGAGUGGUCAAGUUGCUGUUGUAGGAGGCUGUGGCUGCGGAUGUGGGAGAAUAGCAGGGUAGUCGAGUCCAACCCUGCGCACGGUGCACCACAUCCUGGCUCUGGGUCUAGCUAAGGUAGACCAUUGGGUGAUUGCUCGAGUUGCGGUUGGUGGAGGCUGUGGCUGCAAAUGUGGGAGGAUCACAGGACAGUCUAGUCCAACCCUGCGCAUGGCGAACCAAGUGAAUGGGAAUGAGAUGCGGUCGACGUUCUUCUCCGUUGUUCUCUCUCCGACUCGCGGACAGGGCGUUGAAAGAGCAAGGUGGUGGUUGAUGCAUCAAGGUUGCAGAGCGAAAUAAGGACUUUAAGAUGAGCCGCUCUCUUCAGAAGAUAUCUGCAUGGAGCUCUGCUUUCGUUAUUUGACCUGUUGACUCUGAGUAGGUGGUGACUGCCUUGCUGGUUCUUUUUCACAAUUGAGGAAGCGAGUCGACGAGAGCAGUGGUGGCUGUAGGUGUCGCCGCAGGGGCAGACAGAACACCGAUGACGUGGUGCUCUCUCCGCUUCUUCCUAUCAGCAGUUCGCCAUCGGUCUGGUCCACCAUGCGUUGACGGCCCUUUUUCGCACAUUCGGCUGGCUGGUGGGUUAGCUGCCCUCCUCCUCUUUAUUUUUAUAUAUCUCCUGGAAAUGGAAAAGGACAAGGAACGGACAUUUACGACAGUACUGUGUUAAAUAUCGUACCCCCCACCUACAUCAUCAUAUGCGUUUCGUUCAACUUGCAAAUUAUGUGUCGAUAGUAGCGUACUCCGUCCACCUACCCUUUACUCUACUUCAGCGUGUUUAUCUGCUCCGGUUGAUGUGAAGGGAGCUGCCACUUUACUCGAAAUCGAAGGGGAAGAAUGAAUGUCACCCAGAGUG